UAUAAAUCCUUCCAAAUCUCUCAGAAAGAAAAGAUGAUACAUUCAAUUUUUAGUAGUGACAUUUUUGAAAAAUUAAAAAUACAACAAAACUAUGUCUGGACUAAGAAGAUUAGAUGGCAAGAUCGCAAUUAUUACAGGCGGAGCUAGUGGGAUCGGAGCUGAAGCGGCUAGGUUGUUCACUGACCAUGGAGCUAAAGUGGUCAUCGUUGACUUACAAGAAGAGCUUGGCCAAAACGUCGCCCUAUCUAUCGGCCUAGAGAAAGCGAGUUUCUACCGUUGUGAUGUGACCGAUGAGGCUCAAGUUGAGAAGGCGGUUAAGUUCACCGUUGACAAACACGGGAAGCUUGACGUUCUUUUUAGCAACGCCGGGAUCUUGGAACAGCCCGGAAGCUUUCUUGAUUUGGAUCUUGAUAGGUUCGAUCUUACCAUAGCGGUCAACGUCCGUGGCCCGGCUGCGUUUAUCAAACACGCGGCACGGUCCAUGGUGGCUAGUGGUACUCGUGGUUCUAUUGUAUGUACCACGAGUAUCGCGGCCGAGAUUGGUGGUCCAGGGCCUCAUAGUUAUACUGCCUCUAAGCACGCGCUUCUCGGGCUGAUUAGGACAGCUUGUGGUGGGUUAGGACAGUAUGGUAUUAGAGUCAAUGGAGUUGCACCGUACGCGGUUGCAACAGGGUUGACUAGUAUCAAUGAGGAGACGGCUAAGAUGGUUGAAGGAUAUUGUGAAGCUACGGGUAAUCUCAAAGGCAUAGCACUUAAAGCUCGUCAUGUGGCUGAAGCAGCUUUGUUUCUUGCUUCUGAUGAAUCUCUUUAUAUUAGUGGUCAGAACUUGGCGGUCGAUGGUGGUUUUAGUGUUGUUAAGCUUGCUUAAAAGAGAUAUAAGACUCUCUUUACAUUUUAAUUCUUGGAUAUUUUAAUGUAUAAUUUUGCUUAAUAAUGUGUGAUCUUUAAGAUCAUUGUGGUUGUACUUGUAUGUUAGGUUAGGUUCUUGAAUUUAUAUGAUCUUGUUCUUGUACCUUUUACCUUUGAGUUUAAUGGAUGUCGUUACCUUAUCGUAUAAAGUUGUUGAUAUGAUGAA